UUUUAAGCCUGAAGCGCUGAAAGCCUGAACGCCCUUCCUUGUAUCACAACUGCCGCAGGUCGGAGCCAUGCAGAAUCAAAUCCACAAUCCUAACCUGGCGCGAUAUGUGAUGCAGAGCUCCGACGUCAUUUCUGACCUGCGAAUCAACAUCUUUGAGGAGGGUCAUGACAAUGUCAUAUGGUACAAGGAAAGGUUCCUAGGGGACGAUGAGAUUAUUGAGCAUGUCGUUCACAACCAAACAUCAACAAUCUGCUGGACAAUUCACAAGCCCAAGCGCGGGUGGUAUAUCCGCAUCCGUGCACCAUCAUUUCCCCCAGGCGUCGCCAUAUCCCUCCUUCCUAUUCCCCGCACAUCCCCUAGUUAUACAGACGCCGCGCUAUCCUUAUCAUGUCUUACGAACGCCCCCUCUACUGUGAUACAUUCGCCCAGUACCUCGAAGAUGUCCAUAGAUAGUACAUCAACAGUACACUCUUACCCCCCAACACCGCCCCCGGCCUCCAUCACGAUCACCCCACCCACACCACAAAGCAUCAGUGCACGCUUGGAGGAAAUAUCCCCGUCGCCCAUUGCAGCACAGAAACGCGCAUCUCGUCCUCAGGCAACGCAAUUCCUAUUGGCACCACAUUCCACACCGCACAUCCCGGGGCCGCAUCCAGGCGAGCAGACAUCGUUCAUAACACGCGCGUUGUCGAUGUUCAAAAACAGCAGGCCUUCGCACUCUGCCUCAUUCACUAUAAUGCCACUCGACCGGCCGAGUCCCCAGCCGCCUGGUUCAGGACAUCGGAUAUCCCAGAUUAUUCCGAUGACCCCGACACCAUUGUUGACCUUCCAUGAUCGCACACCGGUACUCACCGCGGCGUCGGUGACGGGUCUUCUCGAGAUAAAUAGAGCAGAGGAGCGUGUAUUUGGAGUUGAUACGAGCUUUUGGAUCGCUGUCGCCUUGGCGUAUUGGGAGUUUUUGGAAGAUAGAGAGAGCUACUUGGCUGCAGUCAGUGAUUAAACUCAAUAUCAUAUACCCGUGCCCUACUGUUCACUUGCUGUUACCAUGCUAUAUUGUAUUAAGUCAUGCUGAUCUGAAUAGGUCUUGUCCACAAAGAUCGGUGUUCUACCCCAUGUACAGCAUAUAUAUACGAGGGCGAGUCAGUGUUGGGCACCACACCCGGUGUGAAUCUGUCUUGUUGUCGGGCUCAAUGCUAUAGUGUUUGUAUUCCACUUGUGAGUGGAACUACGCUAGUAGCAGGAGCUGGC